GAUCCUAUAACCAACCAACACCAUUGCACUCUAAUAAGAAGCUUACCAAAACCAUGAAUCUUUCUGAUUCUCUCUCAUCGCCGCCCUCGUUUCCCGGAAGAAGCCAUAUAUAGCCUGCCUCGCUGAGAGGUCUUCAAUUAGGGUUUUCGUAACCACCCUCCCUGUUAUGGCGGCAGAGAAUCGUAAGGAUCGAGGCCUUUCUUCUGAAGUCUCGAUUCCUUCCGGUUUGAACCGGAUCAAGACUCGGUUAGCUCCAUCUGGUCUCAAACCCGAUGAAUCGGCCGUCACCGUUCCAAAGCCUCCUCCUCCUUUUAAUAACCGUAAGCCGAAAAGUAUUGCUCCUCGUAGUGAAUAUGGCAAAACCACUUCCAAGCAAGAGCAUAAUAAGGGAAAGAAGUUGUCGAGGUGGCUUGCUUCUUACAAACCCAAGUAUUCUGUGAACAUUCACAAAGAUUAUGGCUGCUCAACUAGUGAGGAUGCCAAAUCUAAAGUCAACAACUCUCGUAAAGACGAGGAAACGAUGGUCAAGCUAUCUGAAACCAACCUUUCCUCUUGCAAGGUGCCAGCAAUAGGUAUAAAGAGCUUUUCACAUGAGUUAGGGCCACGCGGUGGUGUUCAAACUUGUCACCCUCGUCCACACAGCUACAACGACCUCAAGGAACUUUUGGGCUCACUUCACUCUAGAUUUGAUGUUGCAAAGGAGAUUGUGGAUAAGAAGCUGGAUGACUUUGUCAUAGAUGUGGAGGAAAAUAUGGAGAAAAUGGAUCCAUCAUGCCCUCAAGAUCGAGAAACGGCAGAGGAGUUACUUAAGUUGGCUCAAACCUGUAUAGAGAUGACAUCUGCUCAGCUUCGUGCUACUUGUGAAUCUAUUGUCCAAGACUUAACUAAGAAGAUGAAACAGUGCCAAGCAGGGCUUGUGAAGUGGUUUGUUUCUCAGUUGCUUUUUAUACUGACUCAUUGUACAAGAGUUGUCAUGUUUCAGAAGGAGACUGAGCCCAUUGAUGAGAAUUCCUUCCGGAAAUUUAAGGAAUGCUUGGAAAAUAUCCCUGCUCUGGAAACAAAUUGGGUUUCCACUUCUAGAGUUGAUGAAGCAGGAAAAAAGUUCAAGAAACAGGACAAAGAAUCUUUAGAGUCAGAGGCAACUUUAGGCUUUGGGAUAACAGAUGAUCAAAGCAAUAAUGCUGCUAGAGAAGGUUAUGGAGCUUCUAAACAGGGGUCUCAGUUUAAUAGUAAAGUGGUGGAACAAAGAUCUUAUUUAAGUAAUGAGUAUCAAGAUAAUAUGCCAAAUGAUCCUCCUAGGAAAGAGUUAGGUGGAUGGGAUUCUGUAAUAUGCCGCAUAUGCGAGGAAGAAGUUACUCUCUCCCAUCUGGAACCACACUCUUACAUAUGCGCAUACGCAGAUAAAUGUGAAAUAAAUUGUUUGGAUGUUGAUGAGCGCCUUUUGAAACUUGAAGAGAUACUGGAACAGAUCAUUGAUUCACGAAGUUCAAAUUCCUUUCAUCCCCAAGCUGGUGGCCUGGAAAACCCGGUCUUGCAGAAAUCUGGAGUUGCAUCUGAAGGUUGUUCUCCUAAAGUAAAUGAAUGGCGGAACAAAGGUGUUGAGGGAAUGUUUGAGGAUCUGCAUGAGAUGGACACUGCCUUCAUAGACGAGUCUAACACAUUUCCUAUUAACUUGAAGAGCCAUGUAGGGGCUAAAUUUUGCCAUCAUGGCACUUCAUCAUCAACUGGUAGCAUCACUUCAGUAUCUUCAACAAAUACCCCCAGAACAAGCCACUUUGACUCUUAUUGGCUAGAGCGGCAUAGUCCAGAGCAAGAGGAUCUUCAAUUGAUGAUGGACCUUUCUGAUAUUGCCCGGUGUGGAGCAAGCACAGAUCUCUCGAAAGAGGGUUCCUGUGACUAUUUGCUUGCCUGCAUGCAAGACAUACAAGCUGUCUUGAAGCAGAGCAAGCUCAAAGCACUUGUUAUAGAUACUUUUGGGGGGAGGAUCGAGAAACUUCUCUGCGAGAAAUAUAUGUAUGCCUGCGAUUUGAUUGGUGAUAAGAGUUCAACGGGCAAUGUAAAAGAGAGUGAAAGUGUCUCGGAGCAUGCAUCGCAAGGUUCCGCAAUGACUACUCCGCACUUUGCGCAGAAAGAAAGGACAAGCAUCGAUGACUUUGAGAUCAUCAAACCAAUAAGCAGAGGUGCCUUUGGUAAAGUCUUUCUUGCACGUAAAAGAACAACAGGGGACUUUUUUGCAAUAAAGGUACUCAAGAAGCUGGAUAUGAUAAGGAAAAACGACUUCGAACGGAUAUUGGAAGAGCGAAAUAUACUAAUAACUGUCAGAUACCCUUUUGUGGUUCGAUUUUUUUAUUCAUUCACCUGCAGUGAUAACCUCUACUUGGUAAUGGAAUAUCUUAAUGGUGGUGAUCUAUACUCUCUGCUCCAGAAAGUUGGCUGUCUUGACGAUGACAUUGCUCGUAUUUACAUCGCGGAACUGGUUCUUGCAUUGGAAUACCUCCAUUCUCUAAAUAUUGUGCACCGAGAUAUUAAGCCUGAUAACCUUUUAAUAGCUCAUGAUGGGCACAUCAAGGUUAAAUCACAUCCCUUCUUUCGAGGUGUUGACUGGGAAAAUCUUGCUAUGCAAAAGGCUGCCUUUGUACCACAGCCUGAGAGUAUACAUGACACUAGCUAUUUUGUAUCACGGUUUGGUGAAAAGAGUUGCAGUGAUUCUGAUACUGACAACGACAAUGAAUCAUAUCCAAACUCAGGAGACGAGUUGGAUGAAUGCACCAAUCUGGCCGACUUUGAUUCUCCACCUUGCUAUCUCUCGUUCAUAAACUUUUCUUUCAAGAAUUUGUCACAAUUGGCUUCGAUCAAUCAUGAUGUGUUAUUGCAAAAGGAUCCAGCCAAAGGAGGAGGAGGAGCCUCACCUUUUAAUAGCCAUGGAACGUAGAGCGUUGCUACAACCGCCAAAGCUGGCUUUAUUCCACGGGUUGGUCUGGUUUGCACCUGCUUUGACGUUUGUAGCUGCUGCUGCUGCUGCUGCUACUCUCCCUUUUUUUCUAUGCGAGUUCGUUACCUUGAAGGUUUAGGGUAACUAUUUAUGCAGUUUUGUCAUAAAAUCAUUUGGAAUGGUUUCAAAUGCAAAUCUCAAAACUAAUUAAUAGUGUGGCAACAAAACUGGCAUACCCGCCCACAGCACAUAUCUAUUACAUACGCAUUUGUAUUAUUAGAUUGGUGUAUAUUUCAGGGUGAUGAAAAUAAAAGAGAGUUUCUGGUUA